AUGAGUCCAGCCAUGAUGUCCCUCCUACCCAACGACCCCAACUCAGACGACACUGACAUCAACAUCAACAAUGACACCAACAUCAACACCAACUUCCCUCUUCUCUCCCGUCCCACCUCACCACUUCACACCCAAAUACCUCGCCCACCAACAACAUCUCACUCUCAACUCCAAGCCCUUCUCAGCCGAUACCACUCCGCCCGCUCCGACUCAGACCAUGCUUCCUCCUCUUCCUCCUCCAACCUCACAUCUACUACAUUCACAGCACCCCUCACAAACUCCACCGUGACCAGAACCACGGCCAUACAAACCAUCCCACCGCUCACGAACGGAAUCACCGUCCCCAACAACCCACGACCCAGAUACGCCAUUCCAAUAGUAAGAAGGAAUGCCAUCAUUCCCGAUGAGUGGGAAUGGAGGGAUAAUAGACUUGUCAAUAGGAGGACGAAUCUUCCCAUGUUCAGUUGGCAGGAGGAUGCGGUUAUGCGGGAUUCGUACUUCACUUCUAUGUAUAAUAGACAUAGGGUGGCUAAUCCGACUAUUACCCCGAGGCAGCGCGGAUUGCCGCUUAGUGAUAGUCAGGCUGUGGUGGAGGGAGUGGAAGGGGAGAACAAUGCGAAUGGGCAUGUGGAUGUGGAUGUGGAUGUGGAUGUGGAUGUGGAUGUGGAUGUGGAUGGGGAUGGGGAGAGGGGAAGGAGGAGGGAAAGGGAAGCUGAAGGGGUGGGAGUCGGGCUUGGGGUUGGGGGAUUUGAUCGGACUGGGUUGGAGAGACGGGUGCGGUCUAUCAUGCUGGAGAAUCUCAGAUAA